AUGGUCAAGCUUUCUGAAACCAUGUCACUUGGUGCCCAAGGUUUUGUGUUCUUGUUAGCUAUAGUCUUAUUGACAAUAUGUGCUCAAAAUUCUCAAGCUCGUGUAACACAUGAAAACAGGGUGAAAUCAAAGGUGUAUUUAACACCCAAAAUACCUCAACAUCCGGGUUCCGUUUCAAAUAAAACUUACUAUAAUAUAGAGUUCCCAAAAGGUCAUAUUGCUAUAAAGAGUUUCAAUGCCGAGUUUGUCGAUGAAGAAGGGAAUCCUAUUUCCCUUCAAGAAACGUAUCUCCACCAUUGGGCUGUAGUAAGAUACUACCAACGAAAGGGUAAUAAAGAACCAAAAUAUAACAGUAAUCUAGGACUCCACCAAUCAGAUUUGGUUGUUGCUAGGAAUGCUGGAGUUUGCAAUGGUGGUCUUUCCCAAUUUUUUGGUUUGGGAUCUGAAACACGAAAGACAGAUACGCAUGUUCCUGAUCCUUAUGGAAUCGAAGUGGGUAACCCACUUGAAGCUCCUGCUGGAUAUGAAGAGAAAUGGAUGCUUAAUGUCCAUGCAAUCGACACUCGGGGUGCAGUAGAUGCUAUGGGUUGUGCUGAAUGCAGAUGUAGUUUGUAUAAUGUGACUGAGGAUAAAGAUGGUCAGCCUUUCAAACCAAAUUACGUGGGAGGUUUUUUCUGUUGCUAUGAUGGAACACAAUGCAAAGUGAAAAAUGGGGUUAAAAGUGUGAAGAGAAACAUUUACAUGAAGUAUACUGUUGAGUGGGUUGAUUGGAGUGACUCCAUUGUACCCGUUAAAAUCUAUAUAUUUGAUGUGACUGAUAGUUGGCAGCACACAAGAGUCCAUGAUUGCUUGCUAGAGUAUGAUGUCGAACAAUGUGCAACUGGAGUUGCAACUAAAGAGUGCAAAAGUGCCAGAAGAUCACAUACAAGCAUCCCAUCUUCUGGUGAUGUGGUGUAUGGUGUUGCACACCUACACAAUGGUGGGAUAGGUUCUGUACUAUAUGGGGAGGAUGGACGGGUUAUUUGUUCGUCUAGAGCUAUAUAUGGGGAAGGAAAUGAGGCAGGAGAUGAAGCUGGUUACAUGGUAGGAAUGACCACGUGUUACCCUAAACCAGGGUCUAUAAAGAUAGCUAAAGGUGAAGUUUUGACUUUGGAGUCUAAUUACAGCAGUGAAAAGAGCCAUAUAGGAGUUACGGGGUUCUUUUACAUUCUUGUUGCGGAAUCUUAGAGUGUUUUACGAUGUUGAAGUCUCCAUAUCCACUAUGAUGUCUACCCUUUAUUCAUUAGCAAUUUUGCAAAGGAAUGGUUGGUUGAUGUGGGAGAAUAAGUAACAUUAACUUGAAAGAAUACUGUAAUUUUAAUGGAACGAGGAGAAUUAUUAUAUGAGUAAAUUACACGAAUGGUCCCUAAGGUUUGGGGUAAUUUGCAUGUUUGGUCCCUAACUUAUUUUUUUAACUUGGAAGGUCGCUACUGUUUGCUUUUAUUACGCGCUUAGUGCUUACUGUUUGUUUUUGU